GGCACAACCCUUGCUGCCGUCCUGGUCGCCACACGGCCACACCAACCCAACACCUCUUCUUCCUCCGCUCUCAGCUUACCCCACCACAGGCGAGGGAGGCGACUCCUUCCUCGCGGCUGCCCGCUCCGGCCCCGAUCGCAUCUCCUUUGCACGCCACGGCCCGCGGCCCGCGCGCAGUGUCCAUCGGCACGGCCGUCCUCCGUGUGUGGGGGCGCAUCUGGUGCUAGCUUGCCGGGCUAGGGUUUGGCUUGGCCUCGUCUACCGCCCCGUCUCGUCUGAUAGGCACAGGUUCCGUGCACGCGAUCGUCGUCUCUCCAUCCGUUGUGACUGCUUGCCGUCCCCCGCUUGCUUCGUCCUGCUACGGGAGGGCCACUGCUGCCAUCGCGUCCACCGACGAAUUUCCCCACAGGUUUAUGUCGCGCGUUCUAGCGGAUGCCUCCGGAGAUAGAAAAUUGGACUAUUCAGAGUUGUGAAUCGUGAUACAGUUGGUUAGAAGCUUCACGCUUCAGUUAGUGUGGUUCAAUUCUCGACUGCCAAUAUGGCAGUCAUUUAGAUUGGGGGUAAGUGUUGACCUCCAGAUUUGAGGAUGUGGGUGGUGUGAGUGAUCUGGAUUAAACCAUCGGUGUUAUGGGCAGCGGAUGAGGGAGGAAGGUUUUAUUUCGACCUUGGAUGGAAUGAGAAGGGUUAUCUUAUGCUGACUAGCCACAAUAAAUUAGAAGACAUUGUUCAUGAAUUGAUGGGGGUAAGAGGGCCUGAGCCUCUAACUGGGCCACCGUUUAGUUUUUGCAUGGAAAUUCCGAAUUCAACUCAUGGGUUGGGUUUCUUCGUUCUGUAAGACUUGUUGGUUGGACUGUCAGUUGUUGGUGUCUGUCUGACCCCUUCGUCAGACCCCUUCGAUCUACUAGGGCGGCUGAAUCAGUUUGGCUGAGCAGGAAGAUAACACAAAAAUGGACAAAGCAUUAGAGCAAUUAUCUUGGAGUUGCAGAUCUGUACCUGAAGAUUCAUAUUGAAAUCUGGAAGCUUCUGCUGUUGAGUACAGAGAAAUAUUUCUUGCCUUUUGAGGAAGACUGCAGAGCCCCUAAAUGUGAAACUUGUUUCUUUUCUUGUCUACUCCUGAAUGCUGACGAACUCAGCCUCUCACGUUACUUAGCUGAAGGUCGUACUGGUACAGACACCGAGGAUGGAGCAAGCAACAGGUGUAAGUGGUCCUGAACACAUAAUUGAUAUUCCAAGGGAAAUUGGUCCUCCUGCUUCGGUUUCUCGUAGUGCUGGUAGAGAGAACCAUGAAGAAUCGAAUCCUGUGGACAGGCCUUCAACAAGAGCUCUAGUACCUGCCUUGCAGGCACCAUCAGCAAUAGGUGCUGUACCUAUUACAGGGCAUACUUCAGGCACUAGGAGAAAUGACAACUAUGUUCGUCGGCACAGAAGCCCAUUGAAUUCUGGACUGUGGAUUUCAAUUGAAGUUAUUGUUAACUUUAGCCAGAUUGUUGCUGCCAUUGUUGUUCUUUGUGUGUCAAGAAAGGAACACCCACAAGCUCCAUUACUUGAGUGGGUCAUAGGUUACACUGUUGGUUGUUUUGCAACGUUACCCCAUCUCUAUUGGCGCUAUAUACACCGUAAUAUUGUAAAUGGUGAGCAUGAGUCAUCACAUACACCUCAAGGGUCCGCUCAUAACAACUCAAAUGAAGCGACUCAUGCUGCAAGUGCAUCAGAACGCCGCAGAAAUGCUGCCCGAAAUGCUGUGCUUGCUAAUCCUAGGAUCAAUGCGCUGUUUGACCACUUCAAGAUGGCCCUGGAUUGUUUCUUUGCCGUCUGGUUUGUUGUUGGAAACGUGUGGAUAUUUGGUGGCCGUUCUUCUGCUGCUGAUGCACCGAACUUGUACAGGUUGUGCAUUGUGUUCCUCACUUUUAGUUGCAUUGGGUAUGCCAUGCCAUUCAUCCUAUGUGCAAUGAUAUGCUGUUGCCUUCCCUGCAUUAUAUCUAUUAUGGGUUUUAGAGAAGAUACAAACAAUACAAGGGGUGCUUCCUCAGAAUCUAUCAAUGCUUUGCCUACAUAUAAAUUCAAAAUCAAGAAACGUCGCCAUGGUUCAGGCAGUGAAACUGAAGGUCAGGAAGGAGGGAUAUUGGCUGCAGGAACUGACAAGGAGCGAUCACUCUCUGCUGAAGACGCAGUUUGCUGCAUCUGUCUUGCAAAAUAUGCGCACAAUGAUGAGCUCCGUGAACUUCCAUGUGCACACUGUUUCCACAAGGACUGUGUUGAUAAAUGGCUCAAGAUAAAUGCACUUUGCCCUCUGUGCAAAUCUGAGAUAGUGAGCUCGUCUGGUACUUCUGAUGCCCGCCAAUCAGACCAGAACACCGUUCCUGUGCAGGAGAUCGAAAUGCAUUAGGUUGGUCUGUUCCCGCAGCUUAUCACAUAAGGAUACAUCUGAUUUGUGGCUCUCAAUCUUCAUGUAUAAAGUUGGAGAUUGAUGUAUGGAUUGUAGAGACGCGUAGGUUUUUUUUUGUAUUUAACACUGCUAUCUUGGAGAAGUUACAGCUAUUCUCGCUGUCACCCAACUAUGGCAAGCCAAUACUACCCAGGUUUUCCCCCAUAGCGUGGGUUGCACCUUA